AUGGAUCAGCGCCGCAAAUCAUUCAAAACUGUCUACAACGGGUCAGAUGAGAACAGAGUCCAAACUCCAGACCAUCAACAUCAUGACUCCGACAACAUGUCCAGCCGCCUUCGCGAACGCCGCUCAACCCGUUUUGGCGAGUUGUCUACUGCUAAAGAGACUGCUAACACGUCUAACGUCAGAACAGUCACCAAUACGAUCAAACAGCCAAAUACUGAAUAUUCUACAAAAGAGCGGCAGGCACUCAAGAGACUUAUCAUCGCUCUCGGAAACAAGUACGCUGAAACUAUUGUGCUCCACAGGAAGGCAUCGAUGGAAGUCGGAAAACUCGAGAGCCAGAAAAAAGAACAAAAGAACAAAAUCCUACAGUUGAAAACUUUGCAAAAAACGCAUAAGCAUGGAAGAAACAUACACAAUCGAUCCUAUUCGGAUUCCUUCAGACGUCGUUUCCAAGAAGCGCAGAAUUCUCUCGAAGCAAUUGAGAAAAAUCUUCAGAAGGCCCGGAAAAACAGAGAAUCCACAGAAGAAGAUAUGGAAGAGGCGGAGGCCGAAUGGAAGUUUGAAGCCAUGUGCUCUGGAGAAGCAUACUAUGAGGACGGCAAGUGGAAAUGGCGUUAUUGA